CUCCCUCUCCAGCGCCGCUCCACGAAACCCUAAUUCCCCAAAACCCCCCCUCCUCCUCGUCCUCGAUCGAUCGAGCUCGUUAGGGUUUCGAGCCAUGGAAGCGGCGAGGACGGUGAAGGACGUCUCCCCCCACGAGUUCGUGAAGGCGUACUCCGCCCACCUCAAGCGAUCCGGAAAGAUGGAACUUCCUGAGUGGACGGAUAUUGUGAAGACCGGAAGGUUCAAGGAGCUUGCUCCCUACGACCCCGACUGGUACUACAUCAGAGCUGCUUCUAUGGCUAGGAAGAUCUAUCUAAGGCAAGGUAUUGGCGUCGGUGGCUUCCAAAAGAUUUAUGGUGGCCGGAAGAGGAAUGGCUGCCGCCCGCCUCACUUCUGCAAAAGCAGUGGUGCAGUAGCUCGCCACAUCCUGCAACAGUUGCAGAGCAUGAGCAUUAUCGACGUCGAUCCUAAAGGUGGGAGGAUGAUAACUUCUCAGGGAAGGCGCGAUCUCGAUCAGGUGGCAGGAAGGAUUACGGUCGUACCUUGAGUUGAGUUCUUGAAAGCAAAAAAAAAAAAAUGUCGGUUUUUAACUUUUGUUACUGUUGGAUUUACGGCACUUUUUUUUUCAUAUAUCUGUAGCGGUUAUGGUGAUGAGCCCUAUUUUAGAACAUUGUCGAUGGUUUUGUAAACCCUACUUUGCAUUGAAUUUUGUCCUAGGACUAAAACCCGCAUUGCGUCUUAAGGUUCCUUUAGAUUUUUAAAUUUGCAAGUGAGUUCCCUUUUGCGUGCCAAUAAUCUGAUGAUUUGAACA